AAUCAUCAGACAAGCCACCAGGGAUAACAUCAGCAAAGCGAUAAGAGGGAGAAGAGGGAGAGCAGCCGAAGGGACAAGGCCACCCGCCAUGGCGCUCUCGCUCUGGCUCUCCACCUCCUUCCUCCCCACCCCCGCCGCCGCGAGGGCCAACGCCCGCACCCUCCGCUCCGUCGUCCCCUCCCAGGGGAUGCGCUGCUCGAUGCGCAAGAAGGGGCUGCACCCGGAGAUCUACGAGGACGCGAAGGUGUACUGCAACGGGGAGCUGGUGCUGGUGACGGGGGGCACCAAGCCGGAGUACACGGUGGACGUGUGGUCCGGGAACCACCCCUACUACGUGGGCGACACCUCGGCGCUGGUGGUCAUGGACAGCCAGAUCGAGAAGUUCCGCAAGAAGUGGGGGCACGUCAAGGAGUACUGGCCCGAGGACCAGUGGAGGGAGAUGCACCCCGACGGCGACCCGGAGUUCGAGCCCGAGGGAGACAACUGAGCAACGCCUUCAUUUCCCUCUUCCUCCCACGGUGCGUGGUCACCGAUCAUGUUUCUGUUGUUCUUGAAUGGAAUUCAGAUUCGGCCCGUUUGCUUUGAUAGUUUGAUUCUCCCAUCACGUCGUGUGGAUGCGUUUGCAUUGCUCUCGAGGUGUCCGGGUAAUCUUGGCAAUGGAACUAUGGACAUGAACACAUCAUACUAGCAUAUGAUAGUCUAAUGUUUCAAUUUUGCGCGCU